UUAAUUUUAGUAUUUAUUACGGUUGGCAGAAGUUGAAAGACUUUAGAAUAACUUAGAACGUUACAUUAUAUAACUUAUCGUUAAAGAUCGAGAACGAUUUCGUUGGAUGAAAAUUAAUUAUAUCGAACGGAAGUGAUUAAAAGUUUAAUUCAAAUAUCAUGGAAACACCUAUAGUUCGUGCACGAGUUGUAAAGGUGCUCGGAAGAACGGGCUCUCAAGGUCAAUGUACCCAAGUCAAAGUGGAAUUCUUGAACGAACAGAAUAGACAAAUAAUCCGUAACGUCAAAGGACCCGUUCGAGAAGGGGAUAUUUUAACGCUUUUGGAAUCUGAACGAGAAGCUCGAAGAUUGCGUUAAUUUUCACCAUUGUGAAUACUAUAAUUUUUCACGUACGCACACAUACAUAUAUGCCUAUAUCGAACGUGAACACGAAUCUGCAAAUUUCGUUGCAACGAAAUCUUUUUUUUUUUAUUAAAUUUUAUUUUAUAUCACAACGAAAGAAAAUUUAUUUACGAUGACUUGUAAUUAAUUCGAAAGAAAUAACAUGUUUUAUAAUAUUUAAAAAAGAGAAUUUGAUAUUAUUAUUAAUAAAUAUUAACUGAUAAUAUAAGACUCAUAAAUAAUGUUCUUUAACAUUACGUCA